AAAUCUUUUUCCUCAAACAUUUGGAUCAGAAAACAAGUUGCCUGAUUCUUUUCUGGACUUUACUCUCAACCCCCCGCGGAUAAAACUCCAGAUAAACACCUUCACUCACAGUUCCACGGUGCGCGUAAUUACGCACGGAGGCUCUCCAUGGCGCACAUGUGCAGGCAGAUCACGGGCAGCGCGGCCAGCUGCGCGGGCUGGAUCGGUGUCAUCAUCGCCACCGCCACCAACGACUGGGUCCGGACCUGCGACUACACCGUGGCGACCUGCGUCCGGAUGGAUGAGCUGGGCUCCCGGGGCCUGUGGGCCGAGUGCGUCAUCUCCCCUGCGCUGUACCACUGCGUGGCCCUGAACCAGAUCCUGUCUCUGCCCGCCUACGUCCAGACGUCCCGGGCUCUGAUGAUCUGUGCCUGUCUGCUGGGUCUUCCUGCCCUCCUGCUCGUCCUCAUGUCCAUGCCCUGCGUCCGUCUGCACAACGACACGUCCGCCAUUAAACGGCGCCGCUCGCGAGUCGGCGGCGUCCUCAUGAUCCUCAUGGCUCUGUGUGGCAUCGUAUCGACAGUUUGGUUCCCUAUCGGCUCUCACCAAAACGAAGGCCUGAUGUCCUUCGGCUUCUCUCUGUACGCCGGUUGGGUAGGCUCCGCCCUCUGUCUCCUGGGCGGCCUCAUGAUCCUCUGUUGCCACGGCAGCGACCCAGGGGCGCAGAGCAGGGAAAACAGCUUCUACUACUCCAGACAGGGGGGCACGGCCAUGCCGCUGGACCCCCCUGCCAACCACGCCAAGAGCGCACGAGUGUGAACGCCAUCGUCAUAACAUGUACAUUAAUCCUGUAUUUCAUCCUGUUUAAUCAGCUGUUCAUACAGAAGCUUCUGCAGAUCACACACUUUAACUCAGUUGAAUUGUCGUCUAUUAACUCUUCCUACAGUCGCAGAAGGAAUUCUUAGACCACCCCUUGUUUUUUU